CAGCAAGAUAAAAAGUAGACUUACCGUAUUUUUCGCUCCAUAGGACGCACCUGAUCAUACGAUGCACCUAGGUUUUGGAGGAGGAAAACAAGAAAAAAAUAUUCUGAACCAAUGGACUGCAAACACAGUACAGGAGAUGAGCAGAGACUGCGGACACAGUACAGGAGAUGACCAGAGACUGCGGACAUAGUACAGGAGAUGACCAGAGACUGCGGACACAGUACAGGGGAUGACCAGAGACUGCGGACACAGUACAGGAGAUGGACCAGAGACUGCGGACACAGUACAG